AAAAAAGAACACGUGACCAUGAUGGCGGCAUGGCGGCAGAGUUAGGUUUGAUUAGUUUGAUUACAACUGGCUUUCCUCUCGCUUGCACGGUUUGCAUUUUGAUGCUCUUUGCGGAUAACAUGUAUACAAUAUAAGCAUUCAACAACUAUCGCUAAUGCACGCAUCUUGCUCUUAGGAAGCCCGUUAGAUCGUUUUCUCCGGGGAACGGAGUCCGGGUGGUUCGUGAUCGCGCGAUUACCGGUCUUAAAAACACCAGUGAUCAUGGGUGUCACGAAUUUAUGGCAAGUGCUAUCAGGGGUCGCGGAAAAAGUUCAGCUCGAAGAUCUCGAAGGACAAACGGUCGCCGUGGAUCUGAGUGGUUGGAUCGUGGAGAGUCAGUCCGCAAAACAUCACACACCAAAUGGCUACAUCAGGAACCUCUUUUUUAGGUGCAGGAAGCUGCUCAGGCACGGAAUAAAACUCGUGUUUGUGCUCGAAGGCAAAUCGCCAGACGUGAAAAUGGACACCCUCUCUCAGAGGAGUCUGGCUCGCUUUGGAGAAGCGGAGCCCAGAAAGGUCUCGGCGUACAGGGCAGGACUGCACUUUCUCAGCAUGCAGUGCCGAGAGCUUCUGGACAUUCUUGGACUUCCCUGCAUCCAAAGUCCCGGCGAGGCGGAGUGCACGUGUGCUUUCCUCAACGAACGAAAGAUGGUGGAUGCUUGUAUGACUCAAGAUGGGGAUGCAUUUCUCUAUGGUGCCGCCACAGUCUACAGGAAGCUUAACAUUGAAGACAAGGAUCCUCACGUGUUGGCAUACAAGAUGGCCGACAUCGAGUCCAAGCUGGGCUUAAACCGCAAGAAACUGAUAGCGCUUGCGGUGCUCUCGGGCUGCGAUUACUUUCCGGGGCUUCAGAACGUGGGCAAGGAGACUGCACUCAAGUUCCUGUGCUCGCUCCAACACGUGGACGUCAUUGAGAGGUUGCGAAGCUGGUUCGUGGACAAAAAGUAUGAAAUGCUGGAAAGGAAGGUUGAUGCGGUGGUCAAAAAGCACUCGCAUUGCACGCACUGCCAGCACCUUGGAACGAGAAGUUUGCACCAGACGAACGGCUGUGAGGCAUGUGGUAGAAAGAAGGCGUGCCACUUGGUUCAGCCAGAAAGUGCGGACUGCAAGUGCGAGUGGCACGAGCAGUGGGUGAUCAAGCAGAAGUGGAAAGUGGAGCUUGAACUCAGGAAAAAGGCCAAGGAAGUCAAGACGUUUCCCCCAGAAGACGUUAUUCGAGAGUUUCUCAACAAGAACAACAAGGUUGAAAGAGUGGACGUCACCUGGACCCGACCCAAAACGUCCCAGUUCGAAAAUUUGAUGUCCAACACACUCAGGUGGAAAACUCAAGACAGUCGGGACAAUCUAUUUCCAUUGUUAACUUGCUGGCACUUACGGAACAAAAACAAUGACACCCGUGACACCGUCCUCAUGCCAAUAAGAAUCGUCAAGGAACGUGUCGUGCAGGGUGCCGACUUCUUCGAGGUUGAGUGGCAAGCUGAAGAUUUCGAAGGAACACCCCCAACCACAACCGAACCACAGACACUGUUUGAAGAAAAAUACCCAGAGAUGGUUCGGUGCUACAAUGAAAAGCUUGACCAACUGCGCAGAAAGAAAGUCACAGAACCCAAAAACAAGGACAUCCGAGAAUUCUUUCGAGUCUCCGCGAAAAAUCGAAACGGGAAGGAAGUUGUGGGCGACACCACUGAGAAAGAGAAGACAGCCAUUGAGCCAUUGCCAACACAACCCAGCGAGAGUAGAGGCAGGCGGGUGACACGGGUGCGGAAAUCAAAGCCGGCUGUAAAACAGACGAAACCCGUAGUGACAUUAGGGCGGUACUUCGAAAAAACCAGUGUCAAGAAAGAGGAAGAAUCGCUCAACAGCUCUGUGGACGAAUUCAGUGUUCCACUGUCUCAACGCAUCGAGAAGGAACACAAGAACGCCACAACCGCUGCAACGACGACAACGGAGCAGGUCGGAAAAGCCAAAGAACGAAAAACGAAGAGCCCUCGCAAAUUGUCGAAGCCAGACGCAUUCAAGAUAUCGCUCUCGGAUUCGCUGAAGCAGGGAUUCGCGGAGGAAUCUCAGUCGCGGCCCAGCACGAAUGACAAAGCGGAGGAGAAUGCGUUGUAUGCCGGUUGUACGCCCCCGAAACGUAGGAAUGCUUCCUACGAGAGCAAAAUGUUCCGCGACGCAGGAGAACCUGACGAACGUAAAUCAGGUAGGCGUAGACUUUCUUUCGACACACCACCGUCCACUCCUUUCGCUGAAGCGAGUCAGCGGGGCUCGGAAACUCCGACUACAGAUACGGAUACGUUUCCGACUCAGAGUACUCCGCUGUCAUUCCUAAGCCAAGAGAAGGGGGGGUCGAGUGUCAUAGACGACGCGUUCCCUUUCGGGGGUGGCAGUUGUGACCAGUCGGCUCCGUUGUUCGACUCUAUGGUGUCGCUCGAAGGCAGCCCCAGCCUCAUAAAGGCGGUGCAUCCAACAGUGAUAGAGAUAUCCGACGAUGACUGUUGAGGUGAUUAACCGCCACUGUCGUCACGCAAAAACCCUCGUGAUCGUGUUAACUAUAUUUUAUCAUAAUCGUUUGGAUCGUUGACCGAGUUUUGAAAUGUGUAUACUGUUCUGCCUCUGUAUAACCACCCCUGUGUUUGUGGGACCAAAAAUAAUGUUGAGUUGAUUUUAGCCAUUUAACAAGCAUGAAGUCUUGAACAUGCUUUUUUAGUCAUGUGAUACCCAAGACUGUUGGUUUGAAGUACAGAAUGCUUGGUUUCAUUGAGAGAGUAGUUAAAAAAGGCUUUUUGUUUUACAAGGAAACAAAAAGGCAUCCAUAUGCUUCAAAUCACAAUGUUUUUUAUUGCGUGUACACAAAAAAACCAAAACCUUUUGAAUAAAUCAAAUGUGUAAGCAAAAAAAUUUUUUUUUUUUUUUAAUGGGUUAAAGUGUGCAUUGAUGUUGCUCUAAAACAACCAUCUGUGCCAUUUUUUAACAAAAACAACAUGAGCACUUCUUUGGCAUAAAAACAAGCACAAAGUGAGCAUCUUUCAUCCAGAAUUUUAUGAAGACCAGGCCAACAAAGCAGAAUCUGUUUUCAAAAAGUAGCUUAGCAGCAUUGUGCACAAAGAUGCAUUAGAAAUAAAAAAAGGAAAA